AAUAAGGUGUAUGAGCUCGCCAGAGACAGGAAGUACAAAAGCACCCUCUUGGGAUGACCACGCCACAGCCCCUUCUCCAUUCUCCUCCGGGGAUUCUGGGCACUCACACACACGCACCUGGCGCAUUUUUCAAGCCGAUGGGUCCUAGACUGCAGCCCUGUGGGAGCAGCCAUCCUGCCCGCUGCGCCACCUGCUGGCCAGUCCGGUUUUCUCUCUGCGCAUCCUGCAUGGCUUACGUGGCAGCCAAGCUGGCCUGCCGGUCAGCAGUCGAGCAGCAGGGGCCCAGAAGGGCUUGAAGCCCCCCCAGUGAUGGCGGAGAAGCGGCCCCUGGGGACCCUUGGGCCUGUGAUGUACAGCAAGCUGCCCCGCCUGGCAGACCCGGGGCCAGGGCACAGCCUGCCCCCUGCUGGCAACCAGGACACCUGCAGCUACAAGGGGGCCUACUUCUCCUGCCCCGUGGGUGGCACCCCCCAGGCAGGGUCUGAGCGGCUGCCAUCCUGGGCCCCGUACCCAGCCCUGUACCCCAGCAGCGUGGCAGCACCCUCGCUCCGGGCAGACGGCCUGUUGGCCAACGGCCUGCUGUACCGCUCACCAGCAGAAGGUGCCGAGAAGGUGCAGGACUCUGGCUUUGCCGAGCUUCUGCCCUUCGGUCCCCAGGCUCACCCGUACCCCUGCCCGCCGCUGGCCGCACCGAAGCCUGUCUACCGCAGCCCUCCGUGCUACGGGCUCCCGACCUGCCUGGGGGACGGGCCAGCGAAGAGGCCCCUGGACGUCGACUGGACGCUGGUAUCUGGGCCUCUGCUGCCCUCAGUUGACACGCCCUGUUCCCUGGCCCCGGCUCCUGGCAAGGGCCAGUCCCUGGAUGGCACUUUCCUGCACGGGUCAUCUGGGAAGGACUCCUUGGCGAGCUUCUCUCCUUGCCAGGCCUUCCUGGAGAAGUACCGGACCAUCCACAACACGGGCUUCCUGGCCUCGAAGUACACAGGGCCUUACUCGGGGGAUCCCAAGCAAGGAAUGUCUGAGGGCCCCCCGAGUCCUUGGACCCAGCUGGCCCAGCCCCUGGGGCUACCCUGCCAGGACGCAGUGCCCACCCACUACCCACUGCCUCAUGCCCCAGCCGCCCUGCCUUUCCCCCCGGCCUGUCGCCACCCAGACAAGCAGGGCAGUGGCUACAGCUCGGUCCUCCCGCUGCAGCCUCUGGGGGCCCACAAGGGGGCCGGGUACCAAGCCAGCAGCCUAGCCAGCCCCUACCUGAGACAGCAGGCAGCUCAGACGCCCUACAUGCCCCCCGUGGGGCUGGACACAUACUCCUACCCCUCUGCCCCCCUGCCCGUGCCCUCACCAGGCCUCAAGCUGGAGCCUCCACUCGCUCCACGCUGCCCACUGGACUUGGGCCCACAGACGCUGGGCUUCCCCUAUGCCCGGGAUGACUUGUCACUCUAUGGGGCAUCCCCAGGGCUGGGGGGGACGCCACCAUCCCAGAGCAGUGUGCAGGCGGUGCCACAGCCUGGAGCUUCCCAACGGGCCGGCCAACCUCUGCUAGGUGGCCAGCCGUGCAUGCAGCCCGGGAGACCCACUGGGGAGCCCGCGCUAGAAGCCGAGAAGACCCGACUGCCCAGCUGUCGCAAAGAGCAGCUCCUGCCUUUGCACCAUGAGCCCCAGGGGGCACCGAUCGUCAUCCGAGACAGCCCGGAUCCCCACACGCCCCCGGCACCGCCCCCCUGUGCCCAGGAGCGCCCGUCCCUCCUGCAGAAGGCAGGAGCCAGGCCACCCAGCUCCCCUCCGAUGCCCAUUAUCGGCAAUGUCUUCAGCCUGGCCCCCUACCGAGACUACUUGGACGGGCAAGCCCCCGAGCCCACAACUCAGCCUGACUCGGACCUGGCCCCAGCCGCCAGCAGAAGCAACGACAGAGACUGCAACAGGGCCCCACCUGGCCAGGAGUGCCCCACAGGGACACACCGCCACCAGCGGGAAGAGGUGGCCCUGGACUUGAGUGUGAAGAAGCCCGAGGCGGAGGCUCCCCCUGUAAAGGUGCCUAGUCCUGCGGCGCCCACCCUGCCCGUCACGGCCCUGGAGGUGCCCGAGGUGGGAGGUGCAGGGUCUGAUCUGCCCAGCCUGAAGAAGAUGGUAACAGAUGCAACAGGGCUGCCCGGCCAGCCGGUGACCGCAGAGGCCGUGCCAGCGACCAACUUCCACAGCUCUGUGGCCUUCAUGUUCCGGAAGUUCAAAAUCCUCCGUCCAGCCCCCUCGCCUGCAGCUGCGGCCCCGGCCACGGCCCCCUCCGCCUCAGCUGCUCCCCCUGUGCAGCCCGUGUCGGCACCCGCGCCUGCGCCCCUCGGACUGCGGAUUGUCUCUCAGCCCUUGCCCGUGGCCUGCUUCAACCUGGCGCUGCCCAGCCCUCCUGCCGUGGCUGUGGCCGCCCCGAUCCCGACCUUGGCUCCAGCUGCAGGCCCGGCUCCGUCCCCUCCUCCAGCCCGGGCAGACUCCCUGGAGCAACGCUUCACGGGGCUGCACGCAUCCCUGUGUGACGCCAUCUCGGGCUCGGUGGCUCACUCCCCGCCCGAGAAGCUGCGCGAGUGGCUCGAGACAGCUGGGCCUCGGGGCCGGGCGGCGUGGCAGGACUGCCAGGGUGUGCAGGGGCUGCUGGACAAGCUGCCGGCGCAGGUGCAGAGCGGGGUCGCGCAGCAGUGUCCCUCCCCCCACGUGUUGCGCGCCUGCGCCAUCUUCGUGCCCAUCCACGUGGUGAAGGAGCGCCUGUUUCCGCGCCUGCCGCCGGCCUCGGUGGACCACGUGCUGCAGGAGCACCGCGUGGAGCUGCGGCCCACCACGCUGUCCGAGGAGCGGGCGCUGCGGGAGCGGGCCCUGCGCGGCUGCACGUUGCGCAUGCUGAAGCUGCUGGCGCUGCGCCAGCUGCCCGACAUCUACCCCGACCUGCUGGGCCUGCAGUGGCGCGACUGCGUGCGCCGCCAGCUGGGUGACUUUGACACUGAGGCUGGAGCCGUAUCCCCAUCAGAACCCACCGUGGCCGGAGGUGAGCCAGAGAGCCUAGCUCUGGUUCGGAAUUCACCGGCCCCCAAGGUCAGGAAGCUGGGGAGGAAGCCAUCAACCCCUGGCCUGGACGGAGCAGAGGCGACCUCUGGGGGAGGGUCCCGUGGGGACUCACCUGCCCCAGUGGCCAGCACCAGCUCACCUGGCCCCGCGCUGAGAGCCCGCUUCCGCAGCCUCCUGGAGUCCGCCUGGCUCAAUGGCAUGGCGCUGCCCACCUGGGGCCACAGGACCUCAGGGCCAGACCGGCCCCAAUCCCGCCCGCUGCUGGGCAGCCAGAGCCAUCAGCUAUAGCGGGCCGCGGCGGAUGCUGGGGCCCGCCUGGGCCGGGCUCCCCAGAGCCUUGGACUCUAGGGCCUAAUUAGAAAGGACUGCCCUGUGUCUCCCCUAGGGAGGGCCGGGCUUUGGGCCUGCCAGGCCUGGGGGCUGGGAAGACGCAGCCUCUCCGCCCGAGCCCAGCUGCUGGUCUGCAGAGCAGGAUGGUGCAGCCUACCUCACAGGGUCGCGGGUGACGCCUGGCACAUGCCAGGAGGGUUGGUCACCUUGUGAUGGAGCCUUGGUGUCCAAGCGGAACGUCCCUGUAGAAAGUCUUCACAGGUCACGGACUUGGCCGUCGUAGGGACACUACAGGGUACAGGACUCACCCCUUCCCAGGUCGUCCCCAGCCUGGAGCUCCCUGAGGGAGCCUGCCUGCCCCCCCCCCCCCCCCCGUCCCUCCCAUCCCCCUGCUGUGCAGAUGCAGCCUGGGGCUGGCAUCCUUGUCCUACCUGCUGCCUCCUCACCCGGCCAUCAUCCCAGGAAAGGAAGCCAGGCAGCUGCAGGGACUGGAGUGGACAGGCCGAGUGGCACCCAGUCCUAGGAUCCAAAGAUCUAGGCUGGGGACCCCAGCAUUCCCCAGGCUGGAGCCCCGCCAGCCAGGCCUGCCACCAGCCAGCUCCCUGCAGGACUGAACCGAACCGCAGGCAGGCUGGGGACUGGGCCCUUGUCAGUUUGCGGAGCCUGUGGCCUAGAGGUGGAAAUUAAAACAUCGCGGUUAUUCUGGG